AUGGCCGCGACGCGCGUGGGCACGUUCGAGAUGCGCCCCGGCGCGAAGAGGAAGGGAUUGCACCCCGUGCUCAGGUCCGUGCUGCGCAAGCUCGGCCUCGUCGGCAGGGAGGAGGAUAAGCUCGCAGGGUACUUGGCCCUGCUUAAGACCGCGCCGAAGCUGCUCAAGCUUGUGCCCGGGAGCGGCGCGAGGGACUUGAGACACUGGCUUAAGGUGUAUGCGUACUGGAACGCGGGCGGGAAGCGGAACGUCGUUGAGAUGAUAAAAUAUAUCGCGGGGGAGGUGCUGGGGGUGCGCCAGGGCAGCGGGGGGGAGAUCGUGCAGGUGCCGAAUGUCGGGCUGGUGCAUCCGGAGUGGAAAGGGCAUUUCUUCGAGCAUCCGAGCGAGUACGUCGCGUGGUAUGAGGGGAGGUUUCCAGAGAGGAAGGGGUGGAGUCGGGUGGGCGUGCUGCUGUAUCGGAAACAUGUUGUGUCGGAGCUCGGAUAUAUCGACAACCUGAUCGAGUGGUUCGAGGAGGCGCGGCUGGUGCCCGUGCCCGUGUUCAUCACCGGCGUCGAGGCGCAUAUCGUCGUCCGCGACUUCUUGACGUCGACAGAGGAGGAGCGGCGGCGGGGGGGAGGAGAGAGGUUGUACGGCUCGUUCCGGAAGGGGAAGGCCGCGAGAGUGGACGCGGUCGUGUCGACCAUCGGGUUUCCGCUCGUCGGCGGGCCCGCCGGCUCCAUGGCUGGCGGCCGGAAUGCGGAUGUCGGGCAGGUUAUUCUGCGCCAGCUCAACGUCCCAUACCUUGUUGCCGCCCCGCUGCUGAUUCAGGACCUGAAGUCGUGGGAGAAGAACGGCGUGGCGGGGCUGCAGUCCGUCGUGCUAUACAGCCUGCCGGAGCUCGAUGGCGCCAUUGACACCGUGUGCAUCGGAGGUUUAGUGGGAGAGGACAUCUUCCUCAUCCGUGACCGUGUGCAGCGCUUGACGGGCCGCCUGAACAAGUGGAUAGCUCUGAGGAAGAAGCCAAACUCGGAGAAAAAAAUCGCCAUUGUGAUCUAUGGCUUCCCGCCCUCUAUCGGCGCCACGGGGACCGCCGCGCUGCUCAACGUGCCCAAAUCCUUGGCGAGCAUGCUCCGCAGGCUCAAGGCUGAGGGCUACGAUGUCGGAGACGGCGACCAGCUGUCCGCCGAGCAGCUUCUCACAUUGGUGAAGGAAAAGGACCAAGUCAUGCAAGGCGGCAAGCUCAACGCCGCAUCGGCCCGCGAGGCCCUGCAGCAGACCACGACCGUGCCGAGCAGCGACUUGAAGCGCUGGAUGUCCGCGGCGGACACGGAGCGCAUUGAAAAGUCAUGGAACGCCGACAUGGGCUCCUCCAACAACAUCAAGACGUUCGCCGAUCGCCACUUGCUCGGCGGACUGCGGCUGGGCAAUGUGUGGAUCGGUGUCCAGCCCCCGCUCGGCAUUGUCGGAGACCCCAUGCGUAUGAUGUUUGACCGCGACCUCACCCCGCAUCCGCAGUAUGCCGCGUUUUAUCGCUGGAUCGAACUCGGCCUCAUGGCGGAUGCCGCCAUCCAUGUUGGCACCCAUGGCACGUAUGAGUGGCUCCCUGGAAAUCCCUUGGGCAACUCCCGAGACAGCUGGUCGGAUAUUUUCAUCGGCGACCUUCCUAAUUUGUACGUAUAUGCGGCUAACAAUCCGAGCGAAGCGUCUCUGGCGAAGCGCAGGGGGUAUGCCACCAUCAUUUCGCACAACGUCCCGCCGUAUGGGCGCGCCGCUCUGUAUGGCCAGUUGGAACAGCUCAAAUCGCUCAUCUGGGAGUUUAAUGAGUCGAUGCAAAGCGCAGGCGCUUUGGAGCGCAGAAAGGAAAUCCGUAUCGCUAUCGAGGACAAGCUGCUCACGUCGGGGCUCAAUGUCGACCUUGGCAUUGACUUGGACAAGGCUGAAACGAUCGAUUUUAUCGCAGAUGUUUCGACCUACUUGAAGACUCUGGAGUCGCGCUUGUUCUCUUCCGGAUUGCACGUGCUCGGCCGCGCUCCUGACCCGGGCGAAGCCGUUGGUUUUGUCGAAGCGCUGUUGGGCAAUGACCCGGAGCUCAUCCCCGAGGGCGAAGCGACGGCACUUGCUCAAAGUAUUGUCGCUUCUGUUAUGGACAGGGCUGAAUUUGAUGCGAUGAGGGAUUGGCCUGACCUUAGUGCCAGUGCUUUUAAGGAUUUAGAAUUGGUCACGUCAGCCCGGGAGGUUGUGGAAAAGUUAAUGGAGACCGAGAAGGAGUUGGACAACAUGAUCCGGGGACUGAACGGAGAGUUUAUUGAGGCGCUUCCUGGAGGUGACGUUCUGCGAGACGGAGCGGGAGUGCUUCCUACCGGGUCAAACAUCCAUGCGCUGGACCCGUACCGACUUCCAUCGCAGGUUGCGUACGCAACCGGGCGUGCAAUUGCGGAGCGGGUAAUCCAAGUGCAUCGCGACGCGAAUAACGGGGAAUACCCAGAGACGAUAGCUGUUCCAUUGUGGGGUUUAGACAACAUCAAGACGAAAGGAGAGUCGGUGGGGAUUGUGCUCGGGCUCCUAGGGGCGGAACCAGUGGUAGAUGGGACGGGAAGAGUGGUGCGGUUUGAACUGAUGGACCUGGAGCGACUAGGCAGGCCACGGGUGGAUGUGCUGAUGAGCCUGAGUGGAAUCUUCCGGGACUCGUUCGAGCACGUUGUUUUUUUGCUCGACGAUGUGUGCCGGCGAGCGGCAGAUUCGGGCGAGCCGGUGGAGCAAAACUUUAUCAAGAAGCACGCAGAAAGCGUGUCGGGCGAGGACGGAGAUGAGGUGGACUCUGCGGCGCGGCUGUUCUCCAACCCGCCCGCGGACUACGGGUCGAUGGUAAGCGAGCAAGUGGCAGAGUCGUCGUGGGACGACGGGGCGGAGCUCGCGGGGACGUUUGUGAAGCGCAACGCGUACGUGUACGGGCGGGGUCGCAACGGGCAGCGCAGCGAGGCGACGUUGAAGAAGGUGCUGUCGACGACGGCGCGGGUGGUGCAGCAGAUCGACAGCGUGGAGUACGGGCUGAGCGACAUCCAGGAGUACUACGCGAACACGGGGGCGCUGCUCAAGGCGGCGCGGGUGGAGAACGAGGGGGCGCGCGUGGGGGCGUCGAUCGUGCUGCGGUUGGAGCUCCGCACGCGGCUGCUCAACCCAGAGUGGGCGCGGCGCAUGCUCGCAAACGGCAGCGGCGGGGCGUUCGAGGUGUCCACCAGGAUGACGGCGCUCGUCGGGUGGGGCGGCACGGCCGGGUUCGGCGACGACUUUGUGUUCGAGCAGGCCGCGGAGAGAUACGUGCUGGACGAGCGCAACAGGGACGUGAUCCGGAAGGCAAGCCCGGAGGCGUAUCGGUACGUGUUGCCGCGCGAGCGCGCGUGGGUGGGUGCUUGA